CGACAGAGACAGGCAAAAGGCGAAGGAGGAGCAACGGACCUCACAGUCUGUAGACACCGGGUGUACAGCAGUCGGUCGGUCGCUAGGCUACACCGGCAGAAGCCCACGGAGGGAGGAAGACAUCGCGUCACGGCUAUUUUUCCAUUGACCAGUAAAGAGGCGGCAGAGAGAGGAACAGUAGCGAAGGCGAGCACGGGCGGAGAGGAUAAUUGCAUUUCUGACUGCCCUGUGGGAACAUGGGAUAUAUGACCUCAUCAUUCACCUGUGAGGCUCUCCAGUAAACAACUCCAAAUAGAAGGAUGACUGAAGCGGCCGUAGAAAGUACCGAUGUCCUCCUAAAGCCCUGUGAUGUGAAGUCAUGUGACGUCAUCAGCUGCUCCUCCCCCCCGCUGUGUCUGUCCCCCAAUCAGAGGGAGGACGAGUGUUACCAUGUCUGUAAAAAGAUGGAGCAGCAGAAAAACUUUAACCAGGGGCAACCAAAGAAAAAAAUUAAGGCCAAAGGAAAGUUAGUGCGGAGUAUGGCUGUCUGUGAAGAGUCCUUACCUUUUGAAGAAACCCAGGCAUCUCCAGAGACAAACAUUGCAUCUAGCUGCCAUGACGGGAUAACUUCCUGUAACGAGGAAGAACAGGAGAACAGCACAGAUCCAAAGAAAAACUCACUGUCCAAAGAGUCCAGCGUGGAGUACACUGACUCCACCGGCAUAGACCUGCACCAGUUUAUCGUCGACACCCUCAACAGCAACCCCAGAGACCGCAUGAUGCUGCUUAAACUGGAGCAGGACAUGAUCGACUUCAUCACCAGCGAUAGUCCCUUUAAGAAGUUCGCUCACAUGUCGUCCUACCAUCGUAUGCUGGUCCAUCGGGUGGCGGCCUACUUUGGCAUGGAGCACAAUGUGGACCAGACAGGCAAGUCUGUCAUCAUCAACAGGACCAGCAGCACCCGCAUACCAGAGCAGCGUUUUCUGGACGAGGUGCACAAGGACAAGAAAGAAGAGAUCCACCGGUGGAAAAUUAUUCUGAAGAGAGACAACAGCUCAGAUGAACAGACCCGACUUCACCCCUUACGGGAGAAGCAAAGCAAGUCAAUGGAGGAGAGAGAGGAGGAGUACCAACGAGCACGAGACCGAAUCUUCAACCAAGAGCCGCCCUGCACCCAGGAGAGCGCCCAUGCAGAAACCAGGGCUGUGGAGGAGUACAAUCCAUCUGCCGAGACCCAGAGGAAAAGGCAGCUCUUCAGGGGGAGCCGUGACAGCUCCAGCUCCAGCUGGACGGGCAGCAGCAGGCAAAGUAGCACCGAGACGGAUUGUCGCUAUAGCACCGACCCCCGGCCUUGGAGCAGCACGGACUCUGACUCCUCCUACCAGUGGACGAGUCCGGCCCUGAAACCCCACCAAGCCCCCAGCCACAGCUGGGACGCACGUGGUUCAGGCUCCAUCUCUCUUUUCAGACUGCCGUCCACUUGUCCCCUCCCCUCCUCUCCUCCCAUCAUAGAUGAGCCGGCUCCUAACUCUACCUACAUCAUGGUGAACGGGAUCCCACCAGGAAGCAUACUAGUGAACCCACAUACCGGGCAGCCUUUCAUGAAUCCUGAUGGAACCCCUGCUGUGUACAACCCUCCGGACAGUCAGCAGCAAAUCAGGAGCCAGACCCAGCUGCAGGGACCUCCCCCUCAGCACCAACAGCAGCAGGUGGUUCAGUACUCUUCUGUCUCUUACACCGCUCCACAGAUGUUGCCUGUCACUCCCUCACAGCCGUACACCACAAUUGAAGAUCUCUCCUCGCAGUUUGCUCAUGUGAGCUGUCAGUCGACUGGUGAAGCCCCGCCCAUCUACCCUCCCAGUCAGGGUUACAUCUAUGCAUCUCCUCCUCCUCCUCCUCCCAGCUACUGCCAGCCCUCACCUCCGUUGCCUGUGUAUUACUACGGCCAGUACCCUACCUCAGCCCAGCACCCAUGCAGGCCUGUCUCACCGAGCCAGCACCUCCACAGCCAAGCAGCGCAACCAACAGCAGGUUACGCUGUGGGGGUGCAGCAGUCCUCCCAGGCCCAGGCUGUGCUGGGUACCUACUCACCAAUGGCCUCUCAUCAGCGUAGCAUAGUUCAGGGAGGUGUUUCGGUGUCCUAUCCCCAAAGUAAAGCAGUGACCGGGGUUGGUGGGGAGGCGGGUUACUGCUGUGUGGUGCCCCCCCCCCCCUCCUCCCACCACGCCAGCUGCCAUCCUCCCAGCUGCACCGGCCUCAGUGCCCGGGCCUGGAGCGCACAGUACUGACGACGCCUCGCCAGGGUGGAGGGAUGAGAUUUGAGUUCCUGCGUGAACUCACGCGCGUACACACACACAUUCUUAACACAAACACUCUUUUUUCACACUCC